GAAAGAACAGCGAAGGAAAAACAUGACAAGAAAAGUGUUUUCUCGACUCGAGAUGUUAGAAGGUGCUAAAUCAAUAGGCGCCGGAGCUGCUACAAUUGCUUUAGUCGGAGCUGCUGUCGGUAUUGGAAACGUCCUCAGUUCUUUGAUUCAUUCCGUGGCACGAAAUCCAUCAUUGGCUAAACAAUCAUUUGGUCAUGCCAUUUUGGGCUUUGCUCUCAUCGAAGCUAUUGCAUUGUUUGCCCCAAUGAUGGCCUUUCUGAUCUCAUUCGUUUUCCGAUCGCAUAAAAAGUCAUGAGAUCAAAAAAGAAAUGUGAGAAUGUAGUUACAGAUGUAAA